AUGUUCGGUCUCCUCCCAGACCUGACUCCUCGAGACUCACACUCGGUCUGGUACUCGUCCUCCCGAAACCCGCAGCACCACCCACCUGCGCCCGACCCAUCUGUCGAUCACACGAACCCGCACCCCGAUCAUGCCGCCCAGCAGUCCUCGUCGCGCCGCGCCGGCCAGCUGCUCCUCGAGCGGUCCCAGCUCGCGCGCCUGCGCGCCGACGAGCACAACCUCGACCGUCGCCGCCUCAACGUGCAGAACUUUGGCAGCACAUGGCUCAAGCCCCCCGGCGUGCCCAAGACGCUGCACCAGAUGCGCGAGGAGCGGCGCGAGGCCGAGGAGCACGCCGAGGCCGUGCGCCGCGAGCAGCUGCAGCAGGAGGUCGCCGAGGCCGAGGAAGGCGGCGGCCCCGAGGAGGAUGAUGCGACAGCCGACAUGGAGGACCUGGGCGACGGCGCGCGGGAUCUCGACGAGGAGAUUCCUGAUGCCGAUGCCGUGGGCAUGGAGCUAAGUGCCAUUGGCGAGUCGUCGACGGAUGAAGCGUCCGACUCGGAUAAUAGCAGCGCAUCGAGCGGGGAUGGCGACGACGAUGACGACGAUGGGUCGAGGGCCGGGGACGGGCCUGGCAGGGGGGAGGCGCUGCGGGAGGAGCGCAGGGCUGAGCUCGUGCAGGCGCGGAUGCGCAUGGCGCGCGGCGGCGACGACGAUGUAUACGGGGCCGACGAGGAAGAAAUAGAGGCCGAAACGGAGGGACAGCUGCUGCUCGAGGACGAGGGCGACAGCUUCCUGCCUGUGCAUGGUCAGGUCGCCGACGAGGACCUCGAUAUGGACGCCGACCUCGAUGGCAGCAUGGCUGACGGAGCCGAGCUCAGCGGCGUCUACGAGCACACGGACACCGAGGCUGAGCUAAGCAGCAGCCUGCCCUCGGACAGCAGUGACGCCGAGGACGAGGAGGACGUGGGUUUCGCACCGCGGUCGUCCCUCGGGGCUGGCGUGUUGCGGCCGCCGACAAGUCCGACGAUGCAGGGGCGCGGUCAGACCCAUCCGCGGCAGGAUAUGGACCUCAGCAGUCUUUUGUCAGGAGGGGACAGCAGUAUGCUGGGGAGCAGUCCGCAGGCGAGGGCUGCGCCGCAGCGGUAG